AGGACUUCCGUUUGUGGGCGUGAUUAGUCCCGCCCUGUUGCCUACGGCUCCCUGUCAACAUAUUUCCUCAGUGUCCUCUCCUCUCCUCCCGUUUGUCUCUCGUUUGUCUCUCGCCUGUCUCUCGCUUGUCUCGCGUUCAGCUGACUCUACUGCUCCACUUUCUGUCUCUCACUUCACACGGGAAACGACGCAGGAAUCCGGAGUCUCAAUGGCGCAAGAUCCUCUCUACGGAUAUUUCACAGCUGUGGCAGGACAGGACGGACAGAUCUCAGCAGACGAGCUGCAGCGCUGUCUCACACAGUCCGGCAUCGCUGGCUCAUAUCAGCCGUUCAGCCUGGAUACCUGUCGACUGAUGAUCACCAUGCUGGAUAGGGACAUGUCCGGCUCCAUGGGCUUUCAGGAGUUCAAGGAGCUGUGGCAGGCUCUGAACGGCUGGAAGAACACGUUUGCGUCCUACGACCGCGACCGCAGUGGAACCGUGGAGGCCCAGGAGCUGCAGCAAGCCCUCGUUACCAUGGGUUAUAAUCUGAGUCCUAACGCUUUGAACGGCAUCAUUAGACGCUACAGCGUCAGCGGGAGAAUCCCCUUUGAUGAGUUUAUUGGCUGCAGUGUUCGACUCCGCUGUAUGACCGAUCAAUUCCAAAGGAGAGACACCAGCCGCAGUGGCCACGCCUCCUUUCAGUAUGAUGAUUUCAUCCAGGUCACGAUGAGCGUGUGAACGAGUGAAACAACGGGACCAGAUUAUUUCUACAUCUGUGUUUGUAAACGUCUCAGACACCAUUCCAUUUUUUUUUUAAUGUUAUGUACCAAGAGCAACCACAAGAGGGUGCGUGUGCUCCUGUGUUCUGCAGUAAGUAGUCGCCCUCAUUCAUUUAUGACCUUUAACCUCGACAGUAACCAUGUGAUGUAUGAAGUGCUGGCCAGGAUGUGAACACAUGAAGUGAAUAAACAGACGUGUAAACAGUG